AUGUAUAAAUUAAUUGAUCAUAUGUUCACUAAAUAUCAAGCUUACCAUACUUGGAGCAAUCAGGGUAAUGAAAAUAUCUGUCAUUUUGCUUAUAUUAUUAAUCACGGUUGUCCAUCAAAUAAUAAUCUUCUAUAUGUUGAUGAUUGUUUUGAUAUCGAUUCAAGAUUACUUGACUCUUAUACUUUACCUCUUCUCUACAGUGAACUAACUAAUGUUAUAGGGGUAAACUCAGUUGAAAACUUAGUUAUAUUUGAAAGUUAUGAUAAGGCGAGGCAAUAUUACCGGGAAAAUAUGAGCAAUUAA